AUGAAGGAGCGAAGCUCUGACACGCGGUACGAGGUGGACGGGUCCCCAGAACACGAAGGAAGCCAGUCCCAGAAGACCCCCCUGUUACGGGGUCUCGUCGACGUGAAAUGUCAGGAGCAGGCGAAUCGUAGAGACAGGAAGUACAUCAGCGGCUGCCGGUGCUGGAGGGGCGGGCAUGGCCGCUCCCGGCGCAGGUCAGCGGUCUUUGGCCCCCACGGCCCCGGUCCACGAAUUGAAGAGGAUCCGCAAGAAGCAGCCUUUAGGGAAGUGGUCAGUUUCACCCCGGCCCCUCUGCCAGUCAGAUACUAUGACAAGGACACCAGCAGCCCCAUCAGCUUUUACUUCUCGUCCCUGGAGGAACUCUUGGCGUGGACGCCCGGCGUGGAGGACGGCUUUCACGUGGCCUUGUCGCCCCCCGCGUGUCGGCAGCCGCCUCUGAGCAGCGGGAGGCCACGAACCUUGCUGUGCCAUGACAUGAUGGGCGGGUACCUGGAUGACCGGUUCGUUCAGGGCUCGGCGGCACAGAACCCCUAUACCUUCUACCACUGGCAGUAUGUGGACAUCUUUGUGUACUUCAGCCAUCACACGGUCACCAUCCCCCCGGUGGGCUGGACCAAUGCCGCCCACAGGCAUGGCGUCUGUGUGCUGGGCACGUUCAUCACGGAGUGGAAGGGAGGUGAGCAGCUGUGCGAAGCCUUCCUGGCCGCGGACGAGCGCUCGUACCAGGCGGUGGCGGACCAGCUGGUCCUGAUUGCCCAGUUCCUCCGUUUCGACGGCUGGCUGGUCAACAUCGAAAACGCCCUGAGUGAGACCGCCGUGGGGAACAUGCCCCGUUUCCUCCGGUACCUGACCACUCAGCUGCAUCAGCAGGUCCCGGGUGGCUUGGUGCUCUGGUAUGACAGCGUGGUCAGCAGCGGGCAGCUCAAGUGGCAGAAUGAGCUGAACGAACACAACAGAGUCUUCUUCGAUUCCUGCGACGGCUUCUUCACCAACUACAACUGGCAGAAGGAGCACCUGGAGCGCAUGCAGGGCCUGGCCAGGGGGCGUCUGGCUGACAUCUACGUGGGGGUGGACGUGUUUGCCCGGGGCGACGUCGUGGGGGGCCGCUUUGACACCAACAAGUCACUGGAGCUGAUCCGGACACACGGCUUCUCAGUGGCCCUGUUUGCGCCUGGCUGGGUGUACGAGUGUUUCGAGAAGACGGACUUCUUCCAGAACGAGGACAAGUUCUGGAGUUUGCUGACAAGUUACCUGCCCACCCACAGCAUCUGCUCCUUGCCCUUCGUCACUUCUUUCUGCUUGGGCGUGGGGACUCGGAGAAUCUGCUACGGCCAGGAGGAGGCGGUGGGGCCCUGGUACCACCCAGGCGCCCAGGAGGUCCAGCCCCUGUUCGGAGAGGGCGGGCAGGGCCGGGUGAAGAUGCACAGCUGCCUGGCGGACGCCUGGAACGGGGGCAGCUCCCUGCUCCUGCGGGGGGUGAUCCCACCUGAAGUUAGGGACGUGGCUGUGAGGUUGUUCUCCCUGCAAGUCCCAGUGCCACCCAAAAUCUUCCUGUCCCUGGUGUAUAAGCUUGAAGGGCCUUCGAAUGUCAGGGUUGCUUUGGAGUUCACCAUAGGGGACACGGGCAGCUGUCACAUCGGUGGCAUCUCGGCAUUGAAUGCAGAAACAAGCUCCAGGCACAGUCCCAGACCCCUCCGGGUGCCCCCCCCCAAGCUGGCCAGAUGGACGGGCCGCUGCGGCCAGCAUCUCAGCGGGGGCUGGGUCCAGCGCUGCUAUGAAGUGAGCCUGCGUGGCUGCCGCCUGCAGGACGUCUUCGUGAGUUUCUCUCGGCCUCUGGGCAGCCGAGAGGAGGAGGACUUCGUCUGUCGCCUUGGAGAGCUCCAGGUGGUGGAUGCUAAUAGCCUGCUGACCCCCCUGCCGCACGUGCAGGCCACCUCUGUGUCGCACGUCCGCUGGCAGCAGACCCCCUCGCAGGCGGGGGGCCCGCCCGCCGGGCUCCGGCUCAGCUGCACUCUUCACUGGUCCUUCCUCCUGUCCCACGUCCGAUGCUUCCGGAUCCACUGCAGCCGAGGGGCCGGAGGGGGCUCUCCUGGCAGAAGGACUCCAGGGCCCGAGAAGCCCACCUUCCUGGGCCUGGCUUUUGUCAACCAGUACCGGGUAGUGGACUUGGCAGUGGCAGCCGCUGAGCCCGGCCAGGAUGGCCGUGUGGAGUUCUUGGUGGAGCCUGUCCCCAAGGAGGGGUUCCAGGUGCCACAGGCCGAGUGGGACAGGGUGGCCGUGCUGUACUCCGUGCCUGGCACCUGAGUGAACAUUAAAGCAGUCUCCCACCUCGCGGCUCAGGCCUCUUGGGCAAUGGGGCCGCGAAGUGUGUGGGCAGCAGGGGAGGACCCCGGGUGCCCCGAGGGCUGUGGGCCAUAGCUCGUGGGGCUCAGUAGCAGGAGAGCUGAGAGGUCAGCUCGCUGGGCUGAUGGUUCCGAGGCGCGUGGAUCCCUUUGUGUCUAACCCAUCUCUGUAGUUCCCAGUGAACUGGGAAAGGGUUUGGGCACGCUUAGUCCAGAAAACUCCACACAGGGUAUUUCUUAAUAGGUUGGGAAUAGUGGCCUCUUCCCCGCAGCAGAGCGGUUGGAAGCCAGCUUCAGUGUGGCAGGCAGGCCCCGGAGGGGGGCUCUGGAUUCUGAGGGGUGCAGCCUUCGUGUGGGGGCUCUGGGCCGGCUGUUCCUUCACACCCGCCCUCCCAGUCUCUCCCACAGCGGGCGCCUCGGGUUGUGUCUGCAGGGCUGUGUCCAGGUGUGUCGGGGCAGCAGCCCUCUCCACUGCGGACCCCUCCCUCGUUCCUCUCCUGGCACCUUCAUUGUCCCCCCUGCGUGUGGCCGAGGCCGGCCAGUGCCUCUGCACAGGGGGGAGAGGGGCUAAGUUAGCCGGACACGGCUUCUCCAGCCACACAGCUCCCUGGUUGACAGCUGGGCCACCAUGGUGGUUCCCUGGGGUGGGGGUCUCUCGAUCUUGGGUAAUCCUGCUUCUCUCCAGGGUCCGAGAAGGGUCUGUUGUGACCCUUUGAUGCGGCAGGGUCAAAGGCCUCAGUUCCCCGUCUUGGGGUCUCGCCCUAGGCCAAUGAUGGGUUUACUUUCUCGUUCCUCUUGUUCUCUGCCUGUGCUGUUGGAUGUGGAGCUAAGGGCUAGGACACGGGGUGACCGCCCAGCUGCCGCGUGCCCCAGCGGGGACCAGCGCACUCGACUUUACACUGUAGUGAGGGGAGACGCCACCAGGUGGCAGUGCAGCCACACCGCCUCCCCAUGCCCCCACCCCCACCUUCUCUGCCUUGCUGGUGCCCACGCUGCUUUCUCAGCAGGCACAGACACCCUCGGUGCCAUGUCUCCCUAACUGGAAGCAGUGUACUCUUCAUGUCCCGCGGGUGCGGCCCGGCCGACUCGUCCCAGUUCGGGGAACAGGCUCCUGCAGGCCAGGCCAGGCCCCCGCGGGCUCUGAAGCGGGUCUUGCGCAGGAGCGGCUGCCCCUGCAGCUGUGACUUUCCUGUCUUGACAGUUCCUGGAGCGCUUUGAGCCUGUCCCACUUUGAACCAGGGGACCUGGGGUGGGGCUCCCUGAGUCCCCAGAGGUAGGAGCUGGUGGGGGUGGACGGGGCUGGGUGCCCGCAAGCGGGUGGCACAGCCAUAACGGCUGCUGCCCUUUGUAAAAAAUGCUGGUUCCCCCGAAUAUUUUAUGCAGAGAAGGAGGGAAAAUUUAUAGCGGCAAUUAGUUUUUCACAGUCUGGUGAGCAAGCAAUUAGAAGUAAGGGGGUUUGGCAGAGCAUGGUGCGGCGCAAGCCCACAGCCCUGCUCCCACCAACGGCCUGGGCUCGUGUGCAGGAAAAUUAAUAUGUCGGCCUUUAAGCCUGUGCCCCUCUGGUGGCUGUAAUUGCUCUGAAAUAAAUUACCCGACGCUGUGAGAAAUGAA